UUUGACAUAUAAGUUUUGUGAUUUUUAGAGAGAGAAAGAAAAAGAUGGGAGGAAGGUUUUGUUGUGUAAUAAGGUUAUGGGUGGUUUUGUAUUUGAGUGUGAAUGUGGCGUCGCAGCUAUCUUCGAGUUUCUACUCAAACAGCUGCCCUAAUUUAUUGCAAGUCGUUCGUGAGAAGGUGAAGGAAGCCGUAAAGAGUGAGACGCGCAUGGCUGCCUCCUUGCUUAGGCUCCACUUUCAUGAUUGCUUUGUCAACGGGUGCGAUGCUUCGCUGCUUUUAGACGGCAGUGAUGGGGAAAAGUUUGCCGGGGGAAACCUGAACUCGGCAAGAGGCUUCGAUGUCGUUGAUAACAUCAAAUCAGCGGUGGAAAAUGCAUGCAACAACACCGUUUCGUGUGCCGAUAUUUUGGCCAUAGCAGCUAGAGACGCGGUGCUCCUAAGCGGUGGCCCAUCAUGGAAGGUGCUCUUGGGACGAAGAGAUGGAUUGGUAGCGAAUCGAAGUGGUGCAAAUAGCGGCCUCCCUACGCCAUUGGAAAGCGUACCACAGGUGCUCGCUAAAUUCGUUGCCGUAGGCUUGAACGCCACCGACCUAGUCUCUCUAUCAGGCGGCCACACCAUAGGCCGGGCGAGGUGCACAACCUUCAGUCACCGAUUGUUUAACUUCUCAAACACUGACGCACCCGAUUCAACCGUCGAAACUGACUACUUGGCCACACUGCAAGGCCUAUGUCCGCAAAAUGGUGAUGGGAAUGUCACUACAUCACUAGACACUGGCUCUAUCGAUCUUUUCGAUAGCAACUACUUCAAGAACUUGCUGAAUGGAAAGGGCCUGCUACAAACAGAUCAAGAGUUGUUCUCAGGUGAUGAUGCAGUAAAUGUCACCAAAUCUAUUGUAGAGAGUUACAAUAACAGCCAGGGUCUCUUCUUUAAGGACUUUGCAGCUUCAAUGAUCAAGAUGGGAAACAUUAGUCCUCUCACCGGGUCUAGUGGAGAAAUCCGAAAAAACUGCAGGGUAGUUAAUUGAGAUGCACGAUAGCUUGUAUAAGCAUGUUACAGUGGCGUACAAGAUGAAAAAUAAGUAGUCAUUUAGGAGUAUCGGAUAAAUGAGGUACAACAGGGGGAUAUAUCUAGGUACUAUAUGGAAUGGUAUCAGAAAAAUAUAUUUAUU